AGAGCAUAAAAGAGAGCAGUGUAGGGUGCAGAGUCUGCUGACCUGCAGAGACAGAGCUACUCUAACACGCCUCUUCAAUAUGGCCAGCUGUAAGUCAUGCGGACCUGGGUACAAGACACCCCUGGAUGCCAUGAAAGGUCCCAGAGAGAAGAUAGUUUAUCUGCCAUGCAUCUAUCGUUCCACUGGCAUUAAGAAACCUGAUUACUUGGCUACCGUCGAUGUGGAUCCAGAUUCAGCAACAUAUUCCCAGGUCAUUCACCGUCUGCCGAUGCCCUAUCUGAAUGAUGAGAUCCACCACUCUGGCUGGAACACCUGCAGCAGCUGCUUUGGGGAUCCUACCAAAACCAGGGACAAACUGAUCCUGCCUUGCCUCAUUUCAUCCCGAGUCUAUGUGAUAGAUGUGGGCACAGAGCCACGGGCUCCUCGUAUUCACAAGGUGGUAGAACCAGAGGAUGUGCUUAAAAAAACUGGCCUGGCCAAUCUGCACACCUCUCACUGUCUGGGCUGUGGGGAAAUCAUGAUCAGUUCAUUGGGAGAUGCCUGCGGAAAUGGAAAAGGAGGAUUUGUGAUACUGGAUGGGAAGACAUUUGAAGUGAAAGGCAACUGGGAGGUGGAUGGACAUGCUGCACCUUUUGGCUAUGAUUUUUGGUACCAGCCCUAUCACAACGUCAUGAUUAGCACUGAGUGGGCGUCUCCGAAUACAAUUCGUGAUGGUUUCAAGAUAGAAGAUGUGAUUGCUGGUCAUUAUGGGAGUAAACUUCACGUAUGGGAUUGGACCAAACACACUCGCAUUCAGACACUAGAUUUGGGUCAGGAGGGACUGAUCCCAUUGGAGAUACGCUUCUUACACAAUCCCCGCGCUGAUCAAGGAUUUGUUGGUUGUGCCCUAAGCAGCUCUGUAUUUCGUUUCUACAAGACUGAGGAUGGAAAAUGGGCAACUGAAAAAGUGAUCCAGGUGCCAAGUAAGAAGGUUGCAGGUUGGGCACUGCCUGACAUGCCAGGGCUUAUCACUGACAUCUUACUCUCACUGGAUGAUAAAUUCCUGUACUUCAGUAACUGGCUUCAUGGAGACAUCAGACAGUAUGACAUCACUGACACCCGCAAACCCAAACUGGUGGGACAGAUAUUUUUAGGGGGCAGCGUGCUGAAAGGAGGACCAGUGAAGAUACUGGAGGACUCAGAGCUUAAAUCACCACCUGAGCCUGUGAUAGUAAAGGGAAGGCAAGUACCUGGGGGCCCGCAGAUGAUACAGCUCAGUCUAGACGGGAAAAGGCUCUAUGUGUCCACUUCGCUUUACAGUGCCUGGGACAAACAGUUCUAUCCGGACAUGGUGAAGACAGGGGCUGUCAUGUUGCAAAUUGACGUAGACACUAAACAUGGUGGACUAAAACUGAAUCCAAACUACCUGGUGGAUUUUGGAAAGGAACCAGAUGGACCUGUUCUGGCCCACGAAAUCCGUUACCCCGGAGGAGACUCCAGCUCCGACAUAUGGGUUGUGGAAACAGACAAAUAAAGACUCUGUGCCAAGGUCCCCGUGAGCUGCUCUGUGCCUCCAAUCCUUCUUUUACAAUCACGUGUAACCCUACAAUAAAAAGCAUAUGAAAACUG